AUGGCUGCCUUGAAGAAACUUUUCCUAGCUGAAAAGCACCCUCGACCGGUGACUAGCCUUGGAUUCGAGGGCAGUCCGAUGAGGGAUCCUUACUUUCACAUGACGGUUGAUUCGCCUGCACGAAGCCAUUUUGGCGACUUCCCGUCAAGCGCUUCGCAGUCUUUAGAUGUGGCUCACCAUUUUGACCAGAUCGAGAAACAAUUUGAAGAUCUGCAUGAUUCUCUCCAGCGGCCCAUAUCUGCUGAAUCAGAAAUGCCGCCUUUGGGUGCCACUGAUUCCACAGCCAGACCCCAGAAUGGCCGUCAUAUCGAUUUAAUGGAUGCUAUAACUACCUCGGAACCACCCCAGACAAUCCAAUCAGAACCUGUCUCCCCACUUGCCGGUCCAUACAAUGAAGAUGUCGCAGAACGGAAUAUGACCAGAUUCCUUCGGAUUCAAUACAGAAAUGGACUCGCAAGCUCGCGGAUUCUUGCUGCACUGUACCAAGAGGAUGUAGCAGACCGAAACAUUGCGAAAUAUAGUAAAGAUUCUCGCACUUUGUCGAAUUUGAGCUCUCAGUCAUCUCCUGCCGCACCUGGAAGAGUCCGUAUCCCAGACGGUGUACGGCGCAAAGCCAGAAAGCGGGAUCAUGGCAAGCCAACAUGGGCAUCGGCGGAGAACUUACGCAGGGGAGAGGACUCUCGGGAUGAUGGCUCAGGCACUUCGUCUCAAGGAUCAUCCAGCCAAGAUCUUCGACACCAAAGAUCGGCACCUAGUUUGUCAGCGGACGAAGGCUUUGUGUCCCAGGAGAAUGCACCACCAAGCCCUGUUCAGCGCUUGGGCGUUCCCCCUGUUUAUAAGCUAGGCAAGAGAUGGAGCAAUACACCUCUCCCAGACAGUCCGACAAUUCCCAUUCCUAUGGGUGAUCGCGGAGGCGCCGCCGAAGCUCCCUCGGUUCCGCGAUCGCCUGCUAUAAUUAGUCGCAGUUCAUCUUCGACAUCAAGAUCGCAUUCUUCAUCACCACCACCCCCACCAGCGCCAGGCUCUAAGAAGAACGUUCGAGAUCUCUCGAUCAACACCAAAUUGGCUUCUAAAGGACGACCAAAGAUUGCACACCGUGCAAUUCAGCCGCCAACCCCAUCAACCGGCAGUAUGAAGCGGGCUCCCAGCAUCGCAGAGGUGAUGAACAGUCCCCUGCCCGUGCCUAGUCCUGCCAGUCCCCCCAAGGAAUCACCACGCUUCAAAGCCUCGGAAUUGAUGGACUUGUUCAGCAAAGCUUUCACAUCAAUUCCAGGCAAUCACCCCACAUACGAGACUCUACAAGAUGCCAUUGUUCGCGAGAUCAACUCUCACGAGGCAUUCCGGCGUGUCCCCGUACCGGCGCCAGGACCCCCAUUCACACCUAUAUCCGAAAAUGACAGAUUCGCUGGCGCCAAGCACGAACCAGGUCUCCUCAGCCGCAAUGCCUCAGCAAAGGGCCGACUGGCAAGCAAGGGCUCGUUCAGGAAACACAAGCGCAACUCCGAGUCUCGCCGCAGCAUCUCAUCCAGCGUCGGCUACGACAAAAUUCGACGAAAGGUGGCCGGCUCUCCAGCCCGCCGUCGUCACACCGAUGCUCCACCUCCAACCCCGGGUUUCCUGGCCGAUAUCAAGCCUCAAGAAUCCAUCGCCCCUCGACUCGUUGCCGGCGAACCAAUCACCUACAUGGAUGUCCUACGUGCAAGCAAUGACAUUGCCACCUCCGCCCCUAACUCCAAGAUGCCCGCUGCCUCCCGCAAGCGUGGCCGCUCAGAGUCCGCUGGUACCCUCGCUACUUUGGCUCGCACUGCGCCAGAUGCACCCAGCACCCCAGGCACAAUUUACUGUUUGCAAGCACAUUCGACUCCAUCAGCUAGUGACUCGCAAGAAGACAGUGAUGACGAUGAUAUCAUCCACCUACCCAGUGUGAACAUGGCUCCUCGCGUGCAGAUUGAAGGCGUGGACGAGAACAACGUUCGAUAUGUGAUUGACGCUGCCUCUGAUGAAGCCCAGAAGUUCAUGCACUGGCCACAGCGUACUGCGCGGGGUGUCAACCGCAAUGCCUACGAGAACAGUCUCUCACCGUCGUCCCCUGCACGGAUGCAGCUUCGUGGUUCUCGCUCUGUUGAGGCCUACUAA